ACAGAUGUCAGUACAGGUUGUAGGUAGCAAUCGUUCGUACUACUUCCGACUUCGUACUUUUGUCAAAUAAUACAACUAAACAGCUGUCCUCAUUCGCGAAAAUUUCAUUAUACAUGUUAAAUAUAUUUUAUCGUUAUGUAUUAUCGUUAGUAAGAUUAGUUUAAGCAAAAAUACAUACUAAUGUUUGUAAAAGUGUUAAAAAUAGUCUUCCAUUGAUCAAGAAUGUCAAUUCCUCCACUCGUUUGCAGCACUCCUCCACCUCCCGAUCAGUGCGAGGAUGACAAAGACCAUGAUGAUUACGAAUACAAUUUGUCCCAAGAGGAAGAUGAGAAUAAUGAUUAUGAUUUUGGAAAUUACCCAACUUUCAACCAUUUUCAAUCUCUUGGGGUUACAUUAAAUAUUGUGAAAGAUGAAGAAAACCAAGAAAUUAAAGUUACUCCAGAUAAAGUAUCAGUAAACAGUGAGAAAGAAACUGAAGAAUGUGAUACCGUGCUUGACACCAAAGAUACAAGUGAAUGUAAAUUAGGACAUGAGGAUGAUUUUGAUAUUGAAGAUUUGGAUUUGAAAAUUGAUAGUGAGUCAUCAGGUUCUAGUGUAAAAGACAACAGCAGUGUUGAUGAAAUUAGUAAACAUGAAAAUCCUAUUGGUGUUACUUCUGGACACAUACCAAACUUAAGUAGUGUUGAAAGUCAAUAUGAUAAUUCAUGUUUACCAAUAAGUAAUAGUCAGACCGAAUCUUUUGAACACAUAGAGGGUCAAACUAGCAAGUUAGAAAGAAUUGAAACAAAUAACUUCCAAGAAGAAACUAAUGACAUUCAUAAAACUGAAAAUACAACUAUUCAAAAUGUUUUAGAGGUAACAGGUGAGAAUGAAGUGGUAUGUUCAAAUCUUGGUGAGCCUUCUAAUAUACUAGAAGAUGCCACCGAUGAUGACUUUGGUGAUUUUGAUGAGUUCCAAUUUAUUGCUCCUGAAGGUAAUCCAAACAAUAGUCUGUAUAGUAACAAAAAUCCUUGGGAAGAUAAAGUUCCUGAUGAUUCUGAAUUUGGCCAAUUUACUGCAAACUUUGAUAACAAUGAAAUGAUUCCUCAAAAUGCAGUCCUUGAAGUGGUAUCAGAUAAAAGCAGCAGUUAUCAAAAUAACCCUGAUGUCUUGAAUGAUGACAGUUUUGGAGAUUUUGAAGAUUUUCAAUCAUCAGCCACUCAAAAUGAAACAAAAGAUGCCCCAGAGGAGGGUUUUUGUGAUUCAGUGCCUGUUCUCAAUUUACAAUCAAUAGAAAAUGAGACUCAAAUUCUGGAGAGUAUAAAUAAAGUACUGAGUUCAUUAUUUGAAGAAGAAAUAUCGGAACCUAUGGAUGAAGAUGAAAUUAAAUUGGAAUCAAUGUUGAGUGAAACUUGGGGUCAUUUAACGGAGACUGAUGUGAGACAACCAUAUAUCAUUAAUUGGAAUAGUUCAUUAGGACAAAAAACUCUUUUAAGGGCUUUAUGUAUAGAUUCCAGAAAUAUAUUAUUUGGCCCCAAAUGGAGCCACAACAUGCCUAAGUAUGCUGCAAACCUGACCAGCGCACCACUGCAACCACAGAAACAGUUGUCUAGCACUUCCCACCCAGAAGUUACAAUUUCUGAAAAAACUACAAGCAAGCCCAACAACUGGAGUGAUCCAUUUUCUGCAAAUGGACAAGAAUUCACCUAUGCCGAAGCCCUCCUUCUUGACUUAGAACACCUCAUGGCCACCCUAGAUCAAAUAGCUCACAACCAUUCCACCCUCAAGAUAUCCGAGAUACUCUCACAUGCUUGCAAUACACAAAAUGAAAAUAAUGUUAUUCAACCAAGACCAACUGAUUUGGAUGUUUUUGAAGCCGCUAUUUCGACGAAACCUGAUAAAAUUUACUCCAGCGUACUGAAUGUACAACCAAUACGGCAGAUAAAUUUACCAGAUACACAUAUCUUCACACCUACUGAUUCAGAAACACCACGAUCUAAAACAAUACAUUAUGAUAAUAAUCCCAAUGGACUCUUACAUCAAGAUAUUGCUGACAAACAUGAAAAUCAAGUGCAGGCCCCACAAUCCCAGAGUUCGUAUGAUAAACCAAAUAAGGUCGAUGAUGACGAUUAUUUGGAAUUCCAAGAGUUUAGGACUACGCCUAAAAUGAAUACUUUACCUGAGAUAAACAACCAAACUGGUCAAUCAAUAGUAAAACAUGAUGAAAUAGUCUCUAUAAUGAACCCCUUGCCAAAACCGAGUAUUGCAUAUCAAACUCAGUUGUUACAGCCUAUCAAAAUAGAACCUGCGAUACCAACACUCAACUGGCCAGAUCCUGGAGAAGUCAAAGAAGAAUUUAAUGACUUUUCAGAUUUUACAUCAACUUCAUCAUGGGUUGACAAGAGCUCUUCUAAUCCUCAACUAGAAAGUAUUAAAGCAAACAGUGUGCAUAGUAAUAUUACGCACGAAAGCAGCAAUAUACAAGAAACUAUACCCGAGAAAGAAAUAAUACACGCUAGCAAUGAAAAUUCUUUGGAUGAGGAUUUUGAUACAUUUAAAUCAGCUGUACCGCCUGUAAAUAAAAAAGUCGAUUUUAGUACUGACGGCUUAAAUAAUGAACUUGGCAAUAAUUCUAUGGCGUCUAAUAUAAUUCAAUCAGGUUUUGAGCAUUCCUUUUUAAAAGAUAGUAAUUUUAAGACUGACAACGUAUCAUUCGAAAAUAUUGUUAAAUCAAAUGAAAGUACAUCGCAUACUUUAGGUCUUGUAAUGAAUAUAACAGAGCCUACAAAUAAAAACACACCUACCAUGGGAACCCAGUUACCCAUGAAUUUAUUGCAGCCAAUGCCUGCUAGUUCUACUACGACAUUGACAAGUAACCAACAGAAAAGUGGACAAAUAUUGCAACCUUUGUCUUUAGAAAGUUACUCACAGAUAAAUUGGCCGAGCCCUGGUAUAGAUCUACAAGACUUAUCAAGAUUUAAUCCUGUAGAAACAUUACAUUCAUUAAAAAGUGAUUUGAGUGCAAGUGCUCAAAGUAAAGGUUCUCCAAUCCAGACCAAUAAGCCUGCAGUGAAUAAUAUAGUUCAAGAGGACGAUGUAUGGGGUGAAUUUGUAUCAAGCAAACCCACACCUCAACUGCUACAGACCAAAAAGCAAACUACUUUUGGCGAUGAUGACGAAUGGACAGAUUUUGUUUCUAGCCCAAGUGUAAAACCUCACAAUGGGCUGAACACAAUUAGUUUAAACGUUCAUACUAAUUCGAAUAUUCAAAAGAUUCAGAAUCAGAGCAAGUACAUCAUCAAAAGCAACCAAAUAUCACUCGACAUUCCGACAUUAAAUUACAUCACACCCAAAACAAAUAAUCACAAGUCAAACAACGACAGACAUUUCCAAAAUUUAUAACAGCACAAUUAUGUAUUGGUCUCAUAAUUUAUUAUUUGGUACUUAAAAGAAAAUACGGGUGUCCGAGUAAGUAACGACAGUAAAUUUGGUAACUGUUAUAAACGGUUGGAUGCUCUAAUAAAUUUGUACUAAAUAAAAAUCCAUUGGAAAACUAAAAAUUAAUAUACCUACCACUAUAAUCUGGCAAGUUAAUUUAAAAAGUCGUCGUUCCCCUUUGCCUUUACAGCUUUAUUUUGUAAACUAAUAGUUUCGGUAAAUAUUAAACUUAAUAAGUGAUUCUAACAACUAAAAGCAUAAUUUUAGUCUUAUUCUAUAGCAGAGAGCUGGUACUAAUAAAUAAUUCAAAUGGUGUUUUCAGCUCAGCUAGCGCUCCAAACCUAUCCAAAGUUACUAAAUAUCACCAGAAGUAAAUAGGGCGGCUUUUAACUGAUCGUCGAAUUUAGAUCCUCCUCCUGUUGUCAGCUUAUCAUUACUUUCUGGGGCAUUCCGUAAACAAUAUACUAUUAAACACUUUGUGUACAUAUUAUGGUGGCGGUUUAAACAUAGUUUAAUAUU